AUGGCUACAGAAGAACAGCCCUCCAAGGCAAUCUUGCCUGUCACCAGCUUCCUCCCAUCCACUGCCCUCCCCUCAUACAAGCAAGAUGCCUUUACGCAGGAUGACCAAGCCCUUCUCGCGCUGGGCUACAAGCCCCAAUUCAAGCGCGAGUUCUCGCUCUGGACGACUUUCUGCGUCAGCUUCGCUGUCCUCGGCCUCCUCCCCAGCUUCGCCAGCACCCUCGGCUAUGGAAUGGGCUACGCUGGGACACCGGGCAUGGUGUGGGGCUGGCUGAUUGCCAUGGUCUUCAUACAGUGUGUGGCUAUGAGUAUGGCAGAGCUAUGCUCAAGCAUGCCUACAAGUGGAGGUCUAUACUAUGCCAGUGCUGUCCUGGCGCCGGAGGGAUGGGGUCCGAUGGCUGCGUACUACAUUCGCGAGGGAGCCAUGUUGAUAAAAAAUGCAGGGUUGACUGGAUGGUCUAAUUGGCUGGGUCAAGUCACGGCUGCGCCUGCAGUUGACUAUGCUUUGGCUUCAAUGAUCCUGGCUGCCGCUUCGAUUCAGAAGCCCAGCUAUGUGCCGCAAAACUAUCAGGUGUUUCUGCUCACGACGUUACUCAUGGUCAGUCAUGGAUGCAUCAGCAGCAUGCCUACGAAAUGGGUAGCGCAGUUCAACUCCAUCGGAUCUACGUUCAAUAUCAUCGCACUCUGCGUUGUGAUCAUCCUGAUACCGGCUGCGACAAAUAGGGAAGACCAAGGGUAUCUUAGAUUCACGCCGGCAAACAUCGUCUGGGGUAAUUUCUACGAUGGGACGGAUUUUCCGAACGGCGUGUCACUACUGAUGACAUUUGUCGCAGUCAUAUGGACGUUGAGUGGUUACGAUUCUCCCUUCCACCUCAGUGAAGAAAGCUCAAACGCAAACAUUGCUGCGCCGAGAGCGAUUGUGCUUACAAGUACGAUUGGAGGACUAUUCGGCUGGUUCCUACAACUGGUGGUAGCAUACACCGUCAUUGACAUCGACGAAGUCCUGGACUCGGAUCUAGGUCAGCCAUGGGCAACGUACCUGCUACAAGUCUUGCCGCAAAAGACUGCACUAGCUGCGCUUUCGCUUACAAUCAUUGCUGCUUUCUGGAUGGGCCAAGCUUGCAUGGUCGCAGCAUCCCGCGUCGCCUUUGCCUACGCCCGCGACGGCUGCUUUCCAUACUCAUGGUGGAUAAGCCGCGUAAAUAGACAUACCCGUACGCCCGUCAAUGCUGUGUGGUUCAAUGCAGUAAUUGGCAUCUUGCUCACGCUACUCAUCUUCGGUGGUUCGGUAGCCGUCUCCGCUCUCUUUUCCAUUGGCGCAGUAGCGGCUUUCGUCGCUUUUACAAUCCCGAUUUUCAUCCGCGUCUUUUUAGUUGGGGACAGAUUUCGACCUGGACCUUGGAAUCUUGGAAGAUUCAGCGCGCCGAUUGGUACUGCGGCUUGCGCAUUUGUUGCCCUGAUGGUCCCAAUAAUGAUGUUGCCGAGCUCCGCGGGGGCGGAUUUGGACGCCGCUGGGAUGAACUGGACAUGUCUGGUAUAUGGAGCGCCAAUGCUUAUGGCCAUUAUAUGGUGGUACAUUGACGCUCGUAGAUGGUUCAAGGGUCCAAAGAUCGACGUUGAGCAUCACAUGCUUGGCACCGACAGCGACAUCAUUGAGGACCGAGAUACAGAUGUAAGAGAUAGUGGAUCUAGCGUGAAUGCUGCUGUGAAGGUAGACUCGAAGCUUCAGUCUUCGAUCAAUACGUAG